CCAAACACCCCUUUAUUUAGAGUCUGGCUCUGUCCUUCUCCUUAAAGAAACAGAAAGCCAAAUACAAUGAUUGUAAAGGGAAAGAAAAAACAAAAGAAAAAAAGAAAAAAAAAAAAAAGAGGUAAAACAAAAGUGGGUAAAGUGUGCAGGUUAAUAAAUGCCACCUUCCCACCCCUCCAUUUCUGUUCAAAAUUCAAACCCAUCUCCAUCUCCAAAAUAUCUCCAUACCCUCUUCUUCUUCUACCUUUUAUCAUUUUCUAGAGAGAAAAAGACAUGUAUUAUUAGCACAGAAGCAGGAGUGAGAAAGACAAGACAGAGAGAGAAAGAGAAGAUAAUUAAGCUGAAAAAAUGAACACUGCAAGAUUCAUCAAGUGUGUCACUAUUGGGGAUGGAGCAGUUGGCAAGACAUGCAUGCUCAUCUCCUACACUAGCAACACCUUUCCCACGGAUUAUGUGCCUACGGUGUUUGACAACUUCAGUGCUAAUGUGGUGGUCGAUGGCAGUACAGUUAACCUUGGGCUUUGGGAUACUGCAGGACAGGAGGAUUAUAACAGGUUGAGGCCUCUAAGUUACAGAGGAGCAGAUGUUUUCUUGUUGGCCUUCUCUCUCAUUAGCAAAGCCAGCUAUGAGAAUAUCUCAAAGAAGUGGAUUGCAGAGCUAAGGCAUUAUGCUCCCACUGUGCCGGUCGUGCUAGUCGGGACCAAACUAGAUUUACGCGAAGAUAAGCAAUUUUUGAGCAAUCACCCUGGUGCAACCCCAAUAACUACUGCCCAGGGUGAGGAGCUGAAGAAGUUGAUUGGUGCUGCUGUUUACAUAGAGUGCAGCUCAAAGACUCAACAGAAUGUGAAGGCUGUGUUUGAUGCUGCAAUCAAGGUUGUUCUGCAGCCUCCUAAACCGAAGAAAAGGCGACGGAAGACAAGGGCAUGCGUGUUUCUGUAAAUCAAACAUUAUGUUGAUUUCAAUGUUGUAAAGGGUGCAAUCCUUCUUUUUAAUUUUUAUUUCUUAUAUAUAUAUAUAUAUACACACAAUUAUACAUAUUGGUGUUAAUUUUCUUCUUUCCUCUUUCUUCCUUCAUUUUACCCCUUCAUAUGUGUAUAAUUUUCUUAUGAUUCUAUGAAUUCUAUGGCAACUUUAUCCACC